CUAGGCAUAGAGAUUACUCUUGAAGAUCAGGAAAAAAAAUGUUAAAAUUAAGACCGGAUAUAAACGGGAACACAUCAACCUUGGCUGUGACAUGGAUUUUGAUAUUGCUGGACCUUCAAUACGUGGAGCCUUUGUGUUGGCAGGUUACCAAAUGACUUCUGAGAUGACUAAAUCCAGAGUAACCCAGAGCAACUUCGCUGCUGGUUAUAAGACUGAUGAAUUCCAGCUUCACACUCAUGUGAAUGAUGGCACAGAAUUUGGAGGCUCCAUUUAUCAGAAGAUGAAUGAUAAAUUGGAAACUUCUGUCAACCUUGCUUGGACAGCUGGAAAUAGCAACACGCACUUUAGAAUAGCAGCCAAAUAUCAGAUUGACCCCAAUGCAUCUUUCUCUGCUAAAGUGAACAACUCCAGUCUGAUUGGUUUAGGAUACACUCAGACUUUGAAGCCAGGUAUCAAACUAACAUUGUCAGCUUUGUUGGAUAGCAAGAAUAUCAAUGCGGGUGGACACUAACUUGGUCUAGGAUUGGAAUUUGAAGCAUAAAAAGAGAUUAUACAAUCACUAAAUUGAAAAUACUUUACAGUAUAGCUACCUUCAGAAUUUAGUGAACCUUUUAAUGUUUUACGUCUGGGAUGCAAGUAUUGUUAUGUUUCAGUCAUGUUAAACCUGGUUAAAGACAGCUAAGCUUUAAAGUGUUGUUCUUUGAGAAGAAAACAUUAAACACAAUCCUAAUUCCAGGCUUGUUGCCCAUCACAGCUGCUAAUUACAACUUUACA